GGUCCGAGCUGGACCCACGCUAGUUUCUCUCUAUUUAAAUGCGAAUCUUUAUCAAUUAUUGGUCAAAGCAGUAACGGCAACAGUACUAAUACGAAGUUUUGGUGCUAUCUCUGCAAAAGUUUAAUGGGGCAAAAUGGUGUUGAAGAUGAAGUUCGAAAGUUUCGAGUGCUUCCUGCUUGUGAUGAUGAACAUGGGGGAGUCAUAGUCGAUAUGAAGGAGCCUAUGGGCCCCACUGUUUUUCAGGCAAUGCUGAAAGCUUCUCUUUCUCAGUGGAAGCUGGAGGGCAAGAAGGGUGCAUGGAUCAAACUACCAAUUGAGCUUGCUAAUCUUGUUGAAAUUGCAGUCAAGGAAGGAUUUUGGUAUCAUCAUGCAGAACCUCGGUACUUGAUGCUUGCAUACUGGAUUCCUGAAACUAAGAUUGCUAUCCCCGCAAAUGCUACGCACCAAGUUCGUAUUGGUGCUAUUGUCAUGAAUGAUAAAAGAGAGUUGCUAGUUGUCCAGGAAAAGGUAGGCAAAUUUCAGGGAACAGGUAUUUGGAAGAUCCCUACUGGUAUUCUUGAAGAGGGCGAGGAUAUUUUUGCAGGUGCAACAAGAGAAGUAAAAGAAGAAACAGGAGUAAGUAUUGAUCAUUCACAGUUUAGAUCCAUACGGAAUUUGUUGAUGUGAUAGCAUUCAGGUACAAAUUAUUAGUUAAAUAUGACUAAAGGUCUAUUUGGCAUAA